AAUGCAAAGAGGGAUACAAGUCGGACCAUCACAGUCCGUAGGAAACAAGGUACCAGCAGGUUGUCAAGAUACCACCGAUCACAACGGAAAGCGCGUUUGCUGGCGGGAGUUUACCGCUGAGGCGUCGGAUGGAUGAUGAGGAGGAGGACAUGUCACAGCCCAUCUCGCAGCUCUGGGGAACGUCCUUUAGGGACGUCAAAUACGAAGACCGAGCCACACCAAUUGCAGCCGGACAGGCCCUUGCUGCCGUCACUGCUGCCGUGCCCACGUCGCAAAGUCACAACAACAACAGUAUCAGCAUCAACACGCUGCCCUGCAGCUUGCACUGGCAGCCUCGCAUACCCUUUCACGGAAACGCUGGAUUACGCUCACAUUUCCCCGCUCAGUUUGAGCCUAUGGAGGACCGGGGAGAGAGGCAGAUUGAAGAGGAGGAGGAAGAGGGCAGAGAGGAGGAAGAUGACAGGAUGGCAGAGAGGCCUGAGGAGCAGGCAGGGGUGAGCGUUGAGGCGCAAAUUGGCCGUAAACUUCGGGAGAUCGGAGACAAGUUCCAACAGGAUCACGUUGAACUGUUCAUGAGGCACCAGAGACAAAACCUGCCCAUCUGGAUGCGCCUUACCAUGGCCCUGUUUGGGUUUCUGUUUCCAAGAGAGGCUCUCAUCCCCCGCCUGAGAGGAGAGCAGAGAUGAAGGGACUUCCUGCUGACCCUUGCCUCGGCCCUUGUUUUCCCUCAGCAGAAACAAGGGACCAGACUUUUAGAGAUGGCACUGUAAGAUGGAACACGGGUUUGGAUUUUGUUUUCUAAUUGAAUAUGAAGAUGAGAUGAAGAAAACACCGGUCACCGCUGGACGGAGACUGAAUACAAUUUUUUUUUAAGUUGUUUUUUUUUUGGCUUUUGUUGUUUGUUUUUUUUUUUUUUCCCUUUUUUCUUUGUUUCGUUUUGUUUUGUUUUGGGGUUUUUUUUGUUCUUUUUUCCCGCCACUCCAAGAAGAAGCCAUUGUGUUUGAAGAGAUAUUUUCGAAAUAUUUGUAAGAUUACCUAUUUUGUACAGUAAACUGCUCUUUUUAUUUGGUAAUUCAAGUCUUGAAGGACCUCCAUCAGUCCAGGGAAUGCCUUAUUCUCUCCUGCCACAGUACUUACUCUUUUGCAUCAAGGAUAUCAUAUGAAAGAGAUAAACUUUGAGAUUAGGCCACUUUUUUGGUGAAAAACUGUGGACGUGGACAUUUCUGUGCUGAAGUUACUGACUUAAAACCUUGAGGACUCGAGGCACAUUUCUAAUUUAUUCUCAGAAAAAUAAUAAGCCCUGUACUUAUUCUUUACUGUUCCACACUGGCUAAUUUGAAAAUGGUUGUCAUGACGUGGCGUGUUACACACUGGUGUUGCACUGUUGGUCAGUUUAGAUGCGUGUUUUAUCAGCUUCCACUGUAGACGUAGGGAUAGUAUAUCAUCCUGUGUCUUUUUACUGGUGUCAUCCAUCAGCCUCCCCAUCUCCAGUACCACUCCAUGUUAUUAGAAGUGGCCUAACGACCCACCGUGUAGACUCAGAUCUUGUUGAUUUAAAGGAUAAAAGGAUGUAUACUUGAAUUUAGGUGUACUGAAGAUUUUAGUCGAGUAACUUCAAGACCUGACAUCAUAAUCGUGAUUACUCUUUCAAUUUGUGAUCAUUUGUUUGUAGGAGUGUGUGCUUACUGUUUCCAAAAAUGUGCAGUAAAUGUGAAACCAAAAAAGCACAAAGUCAAACAAAUCUCCUUUGCGGGAUAACGAUCAGGGAACUGGAAACAAUCAGACAGCUGAAAGGCUUUGGAUGAAUUUCAUCCUUUUCUAAAGCUUUUCAGGAUUUCUUUCUCUGGCUGGAUUGACAAUCGUAAUUUUGCCCCUUGCUGCAUUGUGGGUCACCCGCGAGGGAGAUGACAUAUAUCAGCAUUUUUAGGGGUGAGCAAUAUUCAAGCCAGUGGAUGGAAGUAAAAUCUUAGGGAUCAGCUGCAUUUGCAAUCAAACCGACAUCCAUAGAAGGACAUUUCCCAAAAUAUGGCUGUGUUGUUGGAGAAUUAUGCCUCGUAACAAAUGUCUUUGUUACAGACACAUUUUGGGUCAAAGUUACAGAGAUGCAUUUUUAUUUUAUUUUACUCCAGGUGUAAAUGUCUCAAGCACUGAUUCAAACCCGAUGUGCUAAAAGAUGUAUGAGAUAUCCCGAGUUUCACCUCUUCUUCAAGUGCUUUCUUUCACCAAACUGCUAGUUGUACAUUCAGCUUCACUGAGAACUUAGUAAAAACAGCCUCUGUACAGUUCAAAAACCAUUUUAUGAGCACACAGACACAUAUGGGUAUAGGAGAAAGUUUAUACAUUCAUGUGUUACAAUUGCUACGUUAACAUUUUGCAACGACACAGCCACUGUUUCUCCGUGUAAGGUUUAUAAAGGAAAAAGUCUUUGAAAACUUUAAAUAAGAUGUUAAAAAUUCCUCAUUUGAUGUAUUAUUUCAGUCUGUUGUAGAUUCAUGAUAUGAACUUUUGAAGACACUGAUGGGUUUUUUCUGCUUUAUGUUUUCUUCAGGGAGUAGUUAAGAACCGUGUUAAUUACCUGAAGCUUAUUACGAGAUGCGUUUGCUCAAAAUGGGAGUGAGGACUCCACUGAUUCUGUUCGUCAUUCAUUGUUCACGUAUUAGACGGCGCUGAACAAGCGAAGACCUUUCAUUAGACUUUCUUACUUUUUUUUCCAAAGCAAUUCCCCCCUAACACCAACAUGGAAGUGUGUUACACAUUGUUCGGAGUUUUUUUUUUUCUUUAACUAUGUGAGUAGCUGAACCAAAAGUUUGUUUCCUGCAAACACUGAACGCUGAGCCAAUUCAGAUAGUUGUGACGCACUCUGUGGUCUUCAGUCCAAAGCUUAAUACUCUCACUCUCUUCUGUGCGUGGAACAUCACGUUUAACUACUCCCUGUCUUUACUGAGAGAAUUUUGUUUGGUUUCUUUGAAGUAAUUUAUUCUAAUUUAUUUUGUGUAUAUUUGCUCAGUGCUACUGUAUAGAUGCUAUCUCAGUGUGUACAGUCCUUUUCUUCUCAUUGUUGAUGUGCAUUCAGUUGUGUGUUUGAUGCCUGUGUGUGCGGAGGUUUGGACUAAAGCCAUGUGCCUCGUGCGUUCUCACACGAAUGGUGUGAGUCUUUACAAAUCACAAAAUCACAACAGACAAUCAAAUGUACAAAAUGUGCCUUGUGAGUAACAGACCUGCCACAUCAUCAUCAUCAACACUUGGCAUAAUUACCCAAAGUCACUGGUCACAGCUCUUGUUUCAUUUGGGCUCUGUGAGAUCAACAUGCUCUGAUACAACAGAGCCGGCACAGACAGUAGACAGUAGUGUGUUCGUUGUGCCUUGAUACAAAAUAAAGAUCGGUUUGAUCCCUCACAUCAGCUCACAAGGCACAGGCUCAACCUUUGACAUCUCUCAGCACGAACGGCGAGUUUCACCACACGAAACCUUCUCAAUUUCAGAAACGACUGUUUGCAAUCAAUGUGCACUGUAAAAAAAAAAAACUAAAAAAAAA